UUAAGACAUAACUCGGAAAAACAAAUUGCAUUUGCGAAAUUGUUUUCAUAGUUUAUUUUUGUGCUUUGAAUUAAAGAAUCUAAAAAUGGGAAAACCCAAAGAAAACCCUUCCGAACAGGAAGAAAAAAACGAAAUCUGGUCCGAUCCAAGAUUUUCUCAUCUUGUCAGUGACCCAAGGUUUAAAAACCUUCCAAAAUCGGAGCGCAAAGUCAAGAUCGACAAACGUUUUGAGUCGAUGUUCAAUGAUAAAAAGUUUAAAGUAAAAUAUACGGUGGAUAAAUACGGAAGGAAAGUCAAUAAAUCAUCAUCAGAGGAUUUGAAAAAAUACUACGACAUCGGUUCCUCAGACGACGAGGAAGAAGAAGCAAAAGAAAAGCAGGAAGAAGAGAAACAAAUCAUAAAAGAUGACAACGAACUGGAUGUUGACGAAAACGAUGCCUUGCAAAGUGAUGGAGAAGUUGUUCCGACCACACUGAAGGAGCGUUUGCUAGAUCCAAACAUCGAUUAUGCCCGAGGAGAAGGUCGGCUCAUAUCGGACAGUUCGUCUGAUGAUGAAUCGUCUGAAGACGAAGACGACGAGCUAUUCAUCGAGCAUGUCUGGGGUGAGCUAGAUCGUGACGCUGAAACAACUGAAGAAUCAACCAAGCGUCUGGCUGUUUGCAACAUGGAUUGGGACAGAAUUCGAGCAUCAGACAUCAUGGUGGUGUGUAGCUCAUUCUUACCACCGGGUGGGAGUAUCCUCAGCGUUACAAUUUAUCCUUCUGAGUUUGGAAAACAACGAAUGGCCGAAGAGGAAAAGCACGGGCCUCCAGAAUUGACAAAAAAGAAUAAUGAUGAGGAUAAUUCAGAUUCUGAGGAGGAACUGGUAAAAGAACAGGACAGUGAUGCUGAGGAAGGUGACGACUAUCACAUGGAAAAGCUUCGGCAAUACCAAUUGAAUCGACUCAAGUACUAUUACGCGGUUAUUGUUUGUGAUAGUGUCGAAACAGCAGACAAGAUUUAUCAGGAGUGCGAUGGUAUUGAGUAUGAGAGUUCCGCCACAAAAGUGGAUCUCCGCUUCAUACCUGAUGAUACAUCUUUCGAUGACGAUGAGCCUCACGAUGUUUGUACAGAAUUACCCGAAGUAGGCCAAUAUAAACCUCGUAACUUCACAACAACUGCAUUGCAACAGGCUACCGUAGAUCUAACCUGGGACGAGACCAGCCUGGAAAGAAGGGAAGUUGGAGAUAAGCUUUUGUCGGGCAAAAUAAGUGAAGUCAGUGACGCUGAACUGAGAAAAUUUGUAGCCUACAGCAGUGAAGAGGAGGAAGAGGAAGAGGGGGAAGAGGAAGAGGAUGAUGCCGAUAAUGCUAAUGAAGAACUCGAGAAUGUUGAAAAAGUUGAUCAAAAGAAAGAAAAACCAUCAAAAAAAGAAGAAGCUCAACCAACAAAGGACAAAAAAAAGAAGACAAAGAAAGAGGACCCAAUUUCAAAAUACAAAGCACUCCUUCAAGAAAUAACUGAAAAGGAAGAAAAAGCUAAGAAAAGUAAGUUUGAAAUGGAAUUUUCCUGGGAUGUUGCAGCCGAAGAAAAGUCUACAGAGAAAUCCGAAGAGAAAGCCAAACCAUUGACGGUUAUCGAAAAAGUUCUUCAGAAACGAAGUGAAAAGAACAAACGACGCAAGGAAGAGCGCAAGAAGAAAAAGAAGCAAAUGAAUGGAAGCGAUGUUGAUGAUGCUGCUCUCGAUAGUGACGAAUCUGAUGACCAUCCCGAUGACAUAGAUAUGAAUGAUCCCUACUUUGCUGAGGAGUUUGCCAAUGGAGAGUUCGAACCACCGAAAUCAAAGAAGAAGGACAAAAAUAAGAAAAAAUCCAAACAAACCGAUUCCGUUGACGAGGAAGAAGAACGUCAAGCCAAGGAAUUGGAAUUGCUUAUGGAUGAUGACGAUGAGGACGAUAAGAAACAACACUUUAGUUUAGAGAAAAUAAUCGAGACCGAAAAUGAAACCAAAUCAAAGAAAAAACGGAGAAAACAAUUGAAGAAGUCUAAGGGUGAAAUUAAUUCAGCCAAGAAAGAAGUGGAUGAUAAUUUCGAAGUCAAUGUGGAAGAUGAUCGUUUCAAGGCUAUAUUCUCAUCGCAUCACUUCAACAUAGAUCCAACUGAUUCACACUUUAAGAAGACAAAAGGUAUGGAACAAAUUAUUCACGAAAAAUUGAAGAGGAGACAUGGAAAUGAAGAUAAAAAGAAUGCUGCAGCUGAGGUCGAAGAUGAAACGCAAUCGAAACGGCCCAAAAAAUUGAUAGAGAAUAGUUUGCUGGUAAAGAGUUUAAAAAGAAAACUACAACAGCAAGGUAAUGCUAAGAAGUAGUUUAACUCGAUAAAAUGUUGAUUUGUUAUAAAUAAAAUUAUAAUUCUUAUACUUUUAAAUAAAAAUAAAAGUGGUUUUACUCUCUAAACUAU